GGUGAACAACGUGCUGAACGGAUAGCAGUUCGAGGCAUUUUAGGGUAAAACGCUCUUAAUAGGCGGUACUGUACAGCAUUGCCGUUGAAUGUUUUAACUUGGUAGGGAAACGGGUGUGAUCCAUUGAAAAAAAACAAAACAACUUGAAAGAGAGUGUCCAGCAGACCGGACGACAGCAAAACAAAGAGGGCCAUUGUUUCUUUAAGAAUUGCGACAAAAUUGUGAAUUAUUGUAUUCUAGAUCCGGGGUAAAGGGCGUUUUCUCGCUGGACAACAGGAUAAACCUAAUACAUGUAGUUACUUUGAGAUAGCCAGCUGUGGAGAAACUAAUAAAUAAUAAUAAUACAAAAAAAAAAAAACGACCUCUAGGGGGAGAGUGAGACAGCUCUGCGAGGGAGUGAGACGGGAGGGAGAGGAGAGAGCAGCUGGUAGGCAGGCAGACAGGGAGGCAAGCAAGCAAGCAAGCAAGCAGGGGAAAAUGAAUUAUAAUACACCGGCAUGGCUACAGUGUCUCUAACGUGAUGCAAUGACCGUACUCGCCACUGAACAACGAAAAGAACACACUACAAAUUGCGCGACUGUCACGGUUUUGGGCCAGUCUUCCUGCAGAUAAUAAUAAUAAUAAUUGCGAGUGGCACAGCAGAGCGUUGCUUGUGAGCAGAGCUGGGACUGCACUCCUGACUCUUGUCCAGUGCUGUGUGUUUUUUUUUUUUUUUUUUUUUCCCCCCCCCCAAGUCACGUGUGGAUCAAUGCCUUGUCUAACUGAAGGAAGCAGGUUUGGGAGCAGAACUAGAAACCAGACAGGAUGUCAUGGUUCAGUGGCGUAUUAAUGCCCAAAGUGGAUGACCGCAAGACGGCUUGGGCCGAGCGCAAUGGCAAGAAGCCCAAACGAAAGGGCUCCUCGUCGCUGUGCAACCCCCGCUACAUGAGCUGCCUGCGGGACGCCGAGACCAUGGAGCCGCCCCCGCCCCCGCCCAACCGCGCCCACCACCACCACCACAACCGCGCCAACGCCGGGGGCAGCUUCGGAGUGCGCUGCGGCUGGCAGGAGGACCACUAUGCCAACAAAGGGGUGGGCAAGAAGAGCUCCGGGGGCCACAUGGACAUGGGACUCAAAUCCGUGGACCUGGGCUUCGAAGACGGGGAUCUGAAAGCCGGGAAAGCCCUGGAAGAUGGAGGCCCGGUCACGGCUGCAGAUUGCUGGCUCCGGGUGGUGCGGGUGUUCCAAUCCAAGAAGUUCCACUCGACCAAGCUGGAGAGGCUCUACCAGCGCUACUUCUUCAGUAUGAACCAGAGCAGCCUCACCAUGCUCAUGGGGGUCCUGGUGGUUGUGUGCGGGGUCAUGCUCGCCUUCCACUGCAUCCACGGGGACCAGGACGUGGCCUACAUGUCUGUUCUGUCUGUGGCCAUGGCGCUCUUCCUGGCCUUCAUGGUCGUGUGUAACCGGAACGGGUUCCACCAGGAUUACAUGUGGAUCGUCAGCUACCUGGUCAUCACCGUGCUGUUCGUGGUGCAGGUGUUCGGGGUCCUCAUGGUGGCCCCCCGCAGUGCCUCGGAAGGGAUAUGGUGGUCUGUCUUCUUCAUCUACAUCAUCUACACCCUCCUGCCCGUCCGCAUGAGGGCAGCGGUCCUCAGUGGGCUUGUGCUGUCCACUAUCCAUCUAGUGACCUCCUGGAGACUCAAUCUGGAGGACCAAUUCUUAUGGAAGCAGCUCAGUGCAAACGUGCUCAUUUUCCUGUGUACGAACAUCAUCGGGGUCUGCACGCACUACCCAGCCGAGGUGUCUCAGAGACAGGCCUUCCAGGAGACACGCGGUUACAUCCAGGCACGUCUGCACCUGCAGAGGGAGAACCAGCAGCAGGAGCGUCUGCUGUUGUCUGUGCUGCCGAGACACGUUGCCAUGGAAAUGAAGGCAGACAUCAACGCCAAGAAGGAAGACAUGAUGUUUCACAAGAUUUACAUCCAGAAACACGACAACGUCAGUAUCCUGUUUGCUGACAUCGAGGGCUUCACUAGCCUGGCGUCGCAGUGCACUGCCCAGGAACUCGUCAUGACCCUGAAUGAACUCUUCGCCCGAUUCGACAAACUGGCAUCCGAAAACCACUGUUUGAGAAUCAAGAUCCUGGGAGAUUGUUAUUACUGUGUGUCGGGGCUGCCAGAGCCCAGGGCUGACCACGCCCACUGCUGCGUGGAGAUGGGCGUCGACAUGAUAGAGGCCAUCUCGCUGGUGCGGGAGGUCAUGGGGGUCAACGUGAACAUGCGCGUGGGGAUCCACAGCGGGCGUGUGCACUGCGGGGUCCUGGGGCUGCGCAAGUGGCAGUUUGACGUGUGGUCCAACGACGUCACUCUGGCCAAUCAGAUGGAGGCUGGGGGCAAGGCGGGACGUAUCCACAUCACCAAGGCCACUCUGAAGUAUCUGAAUGGGGAUUAUGAGGUGGACCCUGGCUUUGGGGGAGAGAGGAACGCUUACCUGAAAGAGCAGAACAUCGAGACCUUCCUCAUCGUGGGCUGCAGCCAGAAACGAAAAGACGAAAAAGCCAUGAUGGCGAAGAUGCAGCAGGCACGUGCCAACUCCAACGAGGGUCUGGUGCCACGCUGGGUGCCCGAGCGCUCCUUCCCCAGGACCAAGGACUCCAAGGUCUUCAGGCAGAUGGGAAUUGAUGAAACUACAAGCAAAGACAACCGCUGUACCCAGGAGGCUCUGAACCCAGAGGACGAGGUGGAUGAGUUCCUGGGCCGCGCGAUUGAUGCCAGGAGCAUUGACCAGCUCCGCAAGGACCACGUCAAGAAAUUCCUGCUGACAUUCCAGACUCCUGACCUGGAGAAGAAGUAUUCGAAGAAGGUGGACGAUCGCUUUGGGGGCUAUGUGGCCUGCACUCUCCUUGUCUUCUGCUUCAUCUGCUUCAUUCAGAUCGUUAUAUUUCCACAUUCCCCUCUGAUGCUGGGCAUCUACAUCAGCAUCUUUGUGAUUCUCGCCAAUAUUCUCUUUGUGUGUGCAAUUUACUCCUGUAUAAAGGUAUUUCCUGCAGCCAUGCAGACAGUCUCGAAGAAGAUCGUUCACUCCCGGACUAACAGCACCCUGGUGGGGGUCUUUACCCUUGUCCUCGUUUUCAUCUCUGCCUUUGUCAACAUGUUUGCCUGUAACACUGAAGCACUCCAGGACUGUAUCUCGCGUGUGUUUAACAUCACACCAGACCAGGUGAACCUCUGUCACAUCAAGAACCACAGCGUCUCUCUAGGGGAUGAACUGGGGCUGUGCGGAGAAGACAGCCUGGCCUGCAGCUUCCCAGAGUACUUCAACUACAGUGUGCUGCUCACCCUGCUGGCGUGCUCGGUGUUCCUGCAGAUCAGCAGUAUAGGGAAGCUGGCCCUCAUGCUGGGGAUCCAGUUGGUUUACAUCGUCAUCGUGGAGUGGCCCGAGGUCACGCUGUUUGACAACUAUGACCUGUUCGUCUCGGCCAAUGACCUAUCUACUUUCAAUGAAACAUGGACCUGGCCCGCUGUCAAUGGCACAAUAAGUUGUCAGGUGGCUGGUACCAAGGUGGCUCUGAAGUUCAUGACCCCAGUGGUUCUGACUGUAUUCGUCCUGGCGCUGUAUCUACACGCCCAGCAGGUGGAGUCCACCGCACGCCUGGACUUCCUGUGGAAACUGCAGGCGACGGAGGAGAAGGAGGAGAUGGAGGAGCUGCAGGCCUAUAACCGCCGUCUGCUGCACAACAUCCUGCCCAAGGACGUGGCCGCCCACUUCCUGGCCCGCGAGCGGCGCAACGACGAGCUGUACUACCAGUCCUGCGAGUGCGUGGCCGUCAUGUUCGCCUCCAUCAGCAACUUCUCCGAGUUCUACGUGGAGCUGGAGGCCAACAACGAGGGCGUGGAGUGCCUGCGGCUGCUGAACGAGAUCAUCGCUGACUUCGACGAGAUCAUCAGUGAGGAGAAAUACCGUCAGCUGGAAAAAAUCAAGACCAUCGGCAGCACAUACAUGGCAGCCUCGGGACUCAACGACUCGACGUACGACAAAGAGGGCAAGUCCCACAUCGUUGCUCUGGCCGACUAUGCCAUGAGACUCAUGGAGCAAAUGAAGUACAUCAACGAGCAUUCCUUCAACAACUUCCAGAUGAAGAUUGGGUUGAACAUUGGGCCUGUGGUUGCCGGGGUGAUUGGAGCCAAGAAGCCCCAGUAUGAUAUAUGGGGGAACACUGUGAAUGUGGCCAGUCGAAUGGACAGCACUGGAGUCCCAGAUCGCAUUCAGGUGACGACAGAUUUGUAUCAGGUCCUGGCUAGCAAAGGCUACCAGCUGGAGUGCCGGGGAGUGGUAAAGGUCAAAGGCAAAGGAGAAAUGAUGACCUAUUUCCUGAACGAUGGGCCUCAGAGCAGUUAGCAGCGACCCGAGGGCAGGAGCAGGCAGCCAUGGAGGUGAAGAAACUCACAGAUCACACGGAUAAAGGCCUCGUCGAACCUCAAACUGAAUUUCCAGAGAACAAAAGCAAACACAUUUGUUGAUGAUGAUGUUGUUGUGUUUUUUUUUUUUUUUUUAAAACAAGAUGAAGGCUUUGGUAAACCGGUUUCUGUUAUUUGAAGGAAGUAAGUACGAAAGGCCCUGUUGGGUCGCUGUAAGGAGCUUUUGUGAAACGGUUAAGCUACAGUUCAGAAGAAAAUCAAACACAGGUACUUAGUCUUCGCUUUCCUUCUCGUCAACAUGGAUUAUUUAUUUUCUCUGUAGUGUGCGGGGAAAAAACCCUCUUUGAAACCAUUGACCAAAGAACAAGAAAAACCAAGCCUGGUUAUUUUUUUUGUCAAGUACAUGGGCACCUGGUGGUAAUUUUAACCCUUCAGUGGUUUGCUAUGUGUGGGUUCCUCAGCUGUUUUCCUUCUACUGCAGUACAUUUCUGAAGCUACUGGUGACCGACAGUAGUUAGCUCUCCUAUUUUAGGGCUCAUUUCUUCAUUCAGAAGCGGAGGAGAUCAAAUGAGUCAUCAAUCUGUUCUUUCUGAUUGUCUUGGAAGUCAAAGACACAAAACAAGCCAAUACUUUUAACUUUGCCUUUAAACUAACUGCAAAGCCAGUGUGGCCUGCUAGGCCCAAAUGAAAGCCUGGGGCUCCAUUUCUUUUGUUUUUGUUCGGCACGCCCAAGGCCUAAAACGACACUGUCUUCGGGAUUAUAUACGCGCAAGUAAACAAAAUUGGAGACCGUAUUGUGUGUUUAUAUGUACAGUAAUGACAUUUCUUCUCUUUAAAAGAAGUAUUUUUGGUACAAAAUAAAUAAAUAAAUAAAUAACCUUCAGAAAUGAAGACACAAAGGCAUUCUUAAUGUUUCCAUGGUACCAGACAGUAUAUAACCUUCUAAUUGUUAUAGAAAUACUUUUUUUUAAAGAAAACUAUAAUUAUAAUAUAUAUAUAUAAUGACUGAAUACUGUGCUUUAUAAUCUACAAGGGGCGAAAUUAUUUUCACUGUGAAGUUUAUAUGAUACAACGAACUGCUCUCUUGCCAACUCUAAAGCAUGACACUUUAAAAAAAAAAAAAAAAAAAAAAAAAAAAAAAAAAAAAAAAUUGCCUCAUUUUGGUUUUUAUUAUUUUUUUGUGUGCGUGCGUUGUCAUUUUUGUUUUUUGUUUUUUUUUCCCCAAAUCCUGAAUUGAACUUUUCCCACUUCUGUUACAAAGUGCCAGAGUAAACAAACACUAAAACUGCGGUCCCGGUUUGUGUUUAAUUGUAUAAAGUCUGUACAUUUUAGGAAGUGCCUGGCUUCAGUGUAUAAAAUCAAUUUGUAAAUCUUUUAUCAGAUGAAUCCAUUGGGGGGGGGGGGGUGUUCCCACAAAACUAAAACCACAAAGCUGAGCGAGACACUGGGGUUAUA